UCAUGGAAAAGCGGGGAACUUAAUGGAGAGCAACAACGGCCGGCGGUAGGCAAACGGAGGAGGCUAUUGCUAUUUUGAGGAGGCUACUGGGUUCACCAGACCUAAUGACCUGGCUGGUAAACCUCUCGAAGCACAAGUAGUAACGUUUCGGUUAACAAUGAGAUGAGCGUGUUGUUUAGGCCAAACCAAAGCCUAAAUGUGAAUAUGAGGAGUGAACCGCUGUGUGGACCCAUAUCUGAACAAGUGCAGUCUGAGACCUCGUUCUUUCACGCUAGGCGAUUCGGUGGCUGGGGCAGGUCAAAGGCAAAGAGAAGACCACGACCGCCAUACCACCGUGAAACCCCCUUUUUUAAGGAUGUGAUACUGCUCUUCAGCCCCCGUGACAGAAAAGUCCCAAGAAAAAAAAGAAAGCACUCGUACAUGGAAAGGGCCACAUAAUAAGUGCACUACAACUUGAUAAAACAUGGGACAACAGCACACUGCUCCUCAAACUGCAUGAGGCGUUUGAUGGGAGGAUCCCCUCAGAUGUCAGGUGAGUCGUUAAUGGCAAGUUAGCAUAGCUGAAUUCCAACUAGCUACAAACUAGAAAAUGAAUCAGCUACAUCUGACUUGCUAAUGCUGCCGGGGCAGGUAGUAGCUUUUUCUCAUUCAUUCAUUCAUUUUCUACCGCUUAUCCUCACAAGGGUCGUGGGGGGUGCUGGAGCCUAUCCCAGCUGUCUUCAGGCGAGAGUCGGGGUACACCCUGGACUUGUCGCCAGCCAAUCACAGGGCACAUAUAGACAAGGUUUUUUCAUUUAGUCGCCAACAGUUUUGUCUGUAGUCACUGGAAUUGUUAGGUGGACUUAUAUAGUGGCUCUAAUGGUUGUACGAAUGUACAUUUUCAGUUUGGAGAUUCUUAUGCCUUGUGGAAUAAACUGGUCCCACCCAGACUUGGCAAAUGCCAGCUGUUAGAUGCUUCCAUGGUGCAGAUCUUCUUCAAUAAAAUUGCUACAGUAAAUUAAAAAAGGUUUGAUGCCCGGUUUUAUAAUUUUAUUUAUAUUAUUCCUGUUCCCUGGGCUGCUUAAAAUGUGCUCUCCCCUCUGUGAACCAGAUCUCUGAAGCCAAAACACUGAAGGAGCUGCAACAGUUUGCAGAACCCCUCACUGGUUACCUAGCCAAUGCUGGCUGCUUGAGACAUCUCACAAGCCUGGCUGACAAGGACAAACUGCUGGAAGAUAUCCUCAUGUUUCAAGUGGCCCAGCGUGUCUGUGGUCCCAUGGAAAGCCCUGCUGAGGACUCCACCCCGGCUCAUCCGGCCAGCACACCUGGGGUCAAUCUCUGAUUAGGCCUUCUUAUGUCAUGCGGCCUGGCAAGACCCUGUCAGAUUGUCCUACUGUUUACCCUGUAUGGUUCAUGUCUUGCGACUCCUUGCCUAACCUUCUUAGUGCUUUUAUUUCCUGCUGCCUACUCUUUUCCCGUGAGUAGUUGAGCUUCCUAGUUUUUCCUUUUUGCUGCUUUGUGCCUUCUGUUGUACUUCUAGUUCCCCGGUGACCUUUGGUUACCGGCGUCUUUUGUUGUACCGUGUUUUUUCCUCCUCUGUGAGCGCCUUCUGUUACCAUUAAAUACCCCUUUUUUUACCAUCUUUGUCUCUGCUCUGAGGGCCACAACGGCUGGCGCACGCACCAGCCUUUGUAACACCAAUCUCGUUUAGCUGCUGCUAGUAUUGGAGAAGACCUACUAAGGUCACUCUCCAGGGAUGACAUCAAAGAUUUGUUUCCUGGUCCAGAAAACUUUCUGAGACGGCGGGCACUGUGGCUUCUUGUGAGUGGUGAACAGGUUCAGGCUUCUGUCAGUGAUGUGGACUGGACUAAAUCUUCAUUUACUGCAACCACCGGCCCUGAAUAUUUUUGACCAUGUCCAACCCAGAGUACAUUGUCUAUACAGACAGUGAACUUGAGCAGGCAUGUUCAUCCUAUUUUGAACACAAACUGCACUAUCCAAGGAGCUCCUCUUCAGACUCAUGAGGAACACUUUGACCAACAUGAUCUCAAUUGCAAGAGCCCUACGGGACCCAAGGUACCCCAGAGGUCGAUUCCAUGGCUUGGCGAAUGGUGAAGUACUACCUUAUGUUGAAGGACAACCCCUCAGGUGAUAAGUGGGUAUGUAAACUUUCUGGUACAAUAUGUCAAUAUCUAUUCCAUGCAGUAGACUAUAGUUUUUGUUUCCAACAACUGUUGCAGGCACACAUCGGUAAGAAACUCAUGAAGAGACUUUCAAAUGUCAAAAGGCCAAAGAAGGCCAGGUCUAGCCCUUUUAAAGAAAAAACGUUGACUGACAUCUGAUGAGUUUUAUGCAAGUCACUUAAAUACAGACUCUCCUGGGUCAAGCAAUGCCUCUAUGAUCCCGGAGCAGCCACCUGUUGGGUCCAGCACUCCAGAGACACAGCAGGACACUACUGAAGAUGAUGCAGUGGGUUCUACUGAACUGCUCGACAGCCAGAAGAACCAGGCCAGACACUAUAAAACCCUCCAAGACAUGUACAGACGCUUUAUUACGUCUGAUGUUUUAAAGCCACAAGAAAGAGCAACCCAAAUUUUAGAAGCUUACCCGUGUUCCAAACAACUGGACCAUGUAAUGGAUGAGAUGCAGAGAAUUAUCCAACCAAACAAUGGCAACUACAUUGGAGAGAUUAAGGACAGAUGGGACAACUUUUUCUCAAAGGUCCAGUUCUAUGGUGUGAUGAAGAAAGCCAUGACGCCUCCAACGACCUUAAAUGGAGUGGAUCACACCUCAGCAGUGUUUGCAGCCCUGCCAAGUCUCUUUCCAUCGAGUACAUCGCCACCAAAGAAACGGUUGAGGACCCUGAAGGAUUCUUGCAGCAGCGAACCCUGUCUUGCCCAGUGUUGCUCAAAAAAAUACUUCAAGACUCCAUCCAUGCUCAAGAUGCUACCUCCACAUCCAAAAAGGCUCUUGAAGAGUGGAAGUCCUUCAUCCACGAACGAGCUGCCACACCAAACCAGGAGAAGGACCGGCAAAGCCAACCCCCGCCCCCCCAUCCGACACGCCGGACCAGGCUACCCCUCGAGUGAGAACUGGAUCCGGGCUGAACAGGCCUUACGCAGGGCCCGUUGUAACACGGACCACACCCAACCAGAAGAGACGCCGCGUCAGGGUUCCAGGCUCCCCAGCCAGGUGCAGGCGAGCGUGCCCUGCCACUACCAUCGUAAGGGCGCGAGGCACCGUUGGCCAUGGAAGGGCGUAUACCCCCCCCCCCCGCACAGCCGAAACCUGUAAC